AUGAAAGUACAUCCUUUUAACAAGAGAAUCAGUCCGAAAGUUGUAAGACUUGAGGACAAUGAAAAGUCGUAUGACGACAGUGAUGAUGAGCAUGACCAGCAAUACGUAUCAAAAGCUGCCUUGAAUGCAAAGGCUAAAAGUUUAUUAAGUGUUCGAGAAACGCUUCCAGUUUACCAGAAUAGUGAUGUUAUUUUGGAGCAUAUUAGGGGGAAUAAGGUCACUAUUUUAAUUGGAGAGACGGGUUCCGGUAAAUCAACACAAAUUCCUCAAUUACUUUUACAAGAAGCAACGCGGGGAGGAAUAAAGGGUGCUAUUGCGGUUACCCAGCCCCGUAGGGUUGCAGCUAUAAAUUUGGCUACUAGAGUGGCAGAAGAAUACGGCUGUAACGUGGGGUCAACAGUUGGUUACUCCGUUAGAUUUGAUAAUCGGACCCAUGCUACGAAAACGAAGCUUAAGUACUUGACUGAUGGUAUGCUACUGCGUGAGCUGAUGCUUGAUAGGAAGCUUAAAGAGUACAAAGUGGUCAUGAUUGACGAGGCCCACGAACGGACGAUCCUCACAGAUCUCAUACUGGGAUUUCUGAAGCACCUGUUGUUAACUACGAGGCCGGAUUUAAAGGUUGUGGUGAUGUCUGCAACGUUGCAAGCCGAGAAGUUUAGCCAUUUUUUUGAAAAUGCGCCAAUUUUAUUCGUGGAGGGGCGUAAGUUCCCUGUUGAGACAUUCUAUGUCUCCCAGGCUUGCGAUGAUAUUGUUGAUGCCACUGUGCGUUGUUGCGUACAGCUUAAUAGCGGCGAACAACUGGGUGAUAUCUUGUGCUUUCUUCCAGGCCAGGAGGAAAUUGACAAGGUUGUUGAUAUCCUGAACAAAGUGAGCGAUCAUUUGGGCGCGGGAGUACCGCGUCUAGUCGCGCUGCCUUUGUAUGCUGCGUUGCCACCGGCAGCUCAAACCAAAGUCUUCGAACCUGUCUCAGGGUUCAGGAGGAAAAUCAUCGUUUCAACUAAUAUUGCCGAGACUUCGGUGACAAUUGCAGGAGUUAAGUAUGUUGUAGACAGUGGUCUGCGUAAAUGUAAGGUCUGGAGACAUCAGUUAGGUCUAUCGACCCUGCUCACCGUCCCCAUUUCUAAGGCGAGUGCUGCCCAAAGGUCUGGCCGUGCGGGUAGAGAAAGUGCGGGUAAGUGUUUCCGAAUUUACACAGAACAGGAUUAUGGUAGAUUGCCGGACCAGAGUGAGCCUGAAAUCGCUCGUUGCGAUGUCACUGCUCCAUUGCUGAUGCUCAAGCAACUUGGCGUAGCCGAUCUCGUCAACUGGAAGUGGCUCGAGCACCCUGGCAGGGAUGCUAUCGUCCAAGCACUCCAAGAAUUAUACAUGCUGGGUGCUCUCGACGACGCUGGAAACAUCACUUCUGAUGGGAGGACCAUGGCACUUCUCCCUUUGGCACCACAUCUCAGUCGUGUGCUUAUCGAAGCUCAUAAGAACGGUUGUCUUUCUCCUGUCCUGGAUAUUAUCUCUUGCCUUUCGGUCGAAAAUCUAAUGCUAAACCCGCCCCCAGAAUUGAGAGAUGACAUAAACGCUCGCCGCUUGGCCCAAUGCCCACGCGGCUCAUACUACGGUGACCUGAUCAUGCUGAAGGAGCUCUACGAUCUCUAUGUCCAACUUUCAUCCCCGCACGACCGCAAACACUGGUGUGCGCAGAUGGCAAUCUCCGCAAGAGGAUUCCGCAGCGUCAUCAAAGUUCGUGCCCAACUACAAGGUUACGUUAACUCACUCAAGUGGCACGCGCAAACCACAUCUAUUCCAUUACCAGCAGAUAAAGCGGAGAUCGCAAAUAUUCUGAAGAGCUUUUUAACAGGUUUCCCCAAAAACACAGCAAUUGGAAUGCCCGAUCGCUCCUAUAGAACUACGCUUCAUGGAGAAACAAUUAGUAUUCAUCCAUCGUCUUUAUUGUUUUCCGCUUCUUACUCCGUUUCUCCUAUUAAGGAGUUGCCUUCAUCCCGAGCGCCAGCCAUUUUAUACACGGAGUACGUGUUUACUGUAAAGGGCUACGCUAGGUGUGUUUCACGCCUAGAAUUAGAAUGGCUACAGCAACUUCGUCCGACCGCUCUCUCCAAACAAGCGCUUUGA